UAGUAAUUAACGAUCAUUCCAAUAAAUCACAGUGUUCUGUUGUGAUAGUUAUCGUUAGAAGACGAUUAAUUGAUUUUUAUCGCGUUGAUUUUUAAACCAAAUUGGCAUCAUGAAUAUGAAAAUUAUUAUUAUCGUAACAGUGUACCUCAUUGGGAUCGUGCUAUGUAGGAAAAUUGUGCGAAAGCCUACAAAAGAUCCGUUCCACGAUUUCAUAGACGAUCCAGAACUUGAAAUUCCCGAUGAACAAGAUGAUACGCCACCUUCAAAUUUCACUGGAAAUGUUCAAACAGCUAAAAUUACGAACUCAGUGAAUAAAAACCACGGAACGGGAAAAUUUAAAUACACUUUCGAAACACAGAAUGGAAUUUCGAUUGCACAAGUAGGAAAAUUGAAAGAUAACAAAACAUUCGUCGUUAUGGGAUCUUAUGCGUAUACUGGAGCUGAUGGCAAGAGAUAUAGAGUGAGGUACACUGCUGACGAAUUCGGCUAUCAUCCAAUUACAAUGUUAGACGAUAUUGAUAUUCCGGAAAUAAACUUUACAAAACCGGAACCAAAACCCCUACCGGUUAGUCGACCGAGCAUCAGUUUAACAUUGCCGAACAAAGCUAUAAACACAAAUGGCCAAAAUAACAAUCUACUGGCUGGUACCGAUAAGGAUACCGAUUCCAAGGCAGAAAUCGAAAAGAACGUCGUAAACCAGUACCAAAGAGACUCGUUUCAUAUCAACGAUGAUGUGAAGGUGAAAGUGACGGAUGUAUCUAACAAUGGUGGAGGUGGAAGCCAAAAUGUUCUCAAUGAUGACGGAUACCACUAUGAUAAACCCCGGAUAACCACUCCGGAACCGGAAAUUAUUGAGCGAACGUAUCUGCCGCCAAAAGAAUUUGUACCGCCCAGUGAUAGAGAAUAUCUUCCUCCCACAGGUUUCGAACCUCCUAGAAGUGAUUAUUAAGUAUUUUGGUGGCUGUGUGUAUAUACGUUUGUGCAUUACAUUUUUUGUUAAUAUUUUUAAAUUUCCUAUUUUUAACAAAGAAAAUAAAAGUUAAAUU